AUGUUUAGAAAGCCUACCGACAUUCGCGGGAAGCAGCGUUUGUCAGGAGCGGACGGAAAGAAGCUUCGGCGAAAAAUUCAAGACAAGUAUCCAGGCACCACCGACGAACAGCUGGAGGCGAUCCUGCCGGCCAAGGCUGACGUGGCGGUGACGAGGCUGGUGAAUCGCGUGCUGGUGUACGGACUCGAGAACGGUCUGCCCAUGCUCUUCGAUUGCGACGGCCGCGGCACGGAAAUCUACCCCACUGUGUUUGCGCUCUGGCGUGUACCCGACCUGCUGCCAUCGUUUCUUCUCACGGGCGAGGAGGUUUCCCGCUAUCUUCUUUCAGGGGCUGACCUUAUGGCGCCAGGCGUGAAGGUGCCUGUCGAAGGUUUGCCAGCGUUCCAACGAGGGGAAGUGUGGUCGGUGAAGGUUCCAGGGAACUCAUGCCCCAUUGCUGUACGUAUAACGUGCCUCUCCCCUUUCAUCACAAUGCCCCAUCCUGUUCCGUGCUCCACCUUUCUCGUAUCAAAAGUGGGCAUCACAGUGUUAGGGAGGGAAGAGGUUAUCCAGGCAGGCAUGCGAGGAAAGCUCCUCAGAAUAACCCACUCUUACCGCGACUCGUUAUGGGAGUCUGCAAAAGGAUCAUAUGUGCCCAACAAGGGCUUCCUGCCAGAUAUGGUUGCUUCUGACCCUGAUGCACAGCCCACGCUGUUGGAUGCACCACCUGCUGUUGCACCUGAAGAUUUCCUUAAAGAUUCACCUGAAGGUGACUCUGGUGCUGCUGCAGCUUGUGGAGGAGAGAGUGAGGGUAGGAGUGGUUGGGAGGGAGAGGCAGCACCGGUGGCUACCAGCUCUCUCUGGUCCAAUCACGUGCUGCCAUGUCGGCCGCCCGGCACAACAGUGGACAUAAAGAAGUCGUCUCACAAGAAGCUGAGCAAGUGGCUGCAUGCCAAGGCGGUUGAUGGGCUG